AUGUGGUUUGGUUCUACCACUCGAAAUGCCCGGCUGGAACUUACCGUCCUUAUUGCAGAAUGUCAGACAUUAGCGGGUGAUUGGCGACAGUCUCGACUAGAUCUCGAUGAUCAUCUUGGUAACAACGAUGGUGCUUUUGACUGGCAGGGCGAGAAGUUCAAUUUGACAGCAGAAGAUCUUCGAUUAGAGGGCACCAUGUUGAGCGCACGUCUUCAAACACGACAAUCUGAAUGGCUCGAGGCAUUAGCGGAUCUCGAUCACUAUGUGAUCAACGAAGAUGGACAUCUCAUGAUUGUAGACCACUGGGGUUUUGCCGCAUCCAGUCGUAAUGCAGUCAUGGAUGGCGGAGUUCUUCGCGCGGAAUGUUUCACGUCCACUGGCGAGGUUCAAGAGUCGUCUUUAAAUCUGGAUGAGUACAUCGGAAAUUUAGAUGGUGUAUUUCACUGGGGCUGGAGUAACUUCAGUGCGACUGCUCAGAAUAUUCGCUUGGAGGGUACGGUUCUUCAUGCACGUCUCGCUACUUGCGACGGAGAGUGGCGUGAUGCGUGUACAAAUCUUCAGCCCGAGAUCAGGAACAUCGAGGGAAAUCUCCAGCGAGGGAACUCGUACUUCCAUGCAACGAAACUUCAACAUCUGGACUCCGACGUCAACAUGCCUAGAUCGUCGUUGCCCCCACAUCUCAUGGAAGAUGAGGCGAGGAUACAGAGAGACAACAAUGAAGUCAGAACGCAGGACGAUCGAAGACAAGCGCUAAGUGAGUGUCUUAUAACCCACGAACUCUACCAGUACGAUCCGCUGAGGAAAGAGAUGAACAUACGACUUUUGAAGCUGGAACCGCCAGGGCAGGAUUUAGACGUCAUAGCCUGCUCGCUAGUAGAAGUUGAGCUGAGUAGUGCCGAGAGAUUUGCGGCGCUCUCUUAUACCUGGGGAAGUCCUUUCCCACCUACUAUCGAGGAUGUCGAGCACGGGUAUAAACAACUAGCAACCAUUUUGUGCAAUGGCAAUCGGAUGCAUAUCAAGCAGAACUUAUACGACGCCCUGCGCAGACUCAGGGAUAGGAAAAGGCCCGAAAAAUCACAGGAGCAUUCCAACGGGAUUGAUCUUAUUGCCGAUGUGCAGAGUGGAACUUUCUCCAAAGUCGAGGAUACACUGCGACUAGGGGCUGACGUCAAGGCGCGCGACAGUUCUAGUCGAACGGCCUUACACUUCGCCGCGAAGUUGGGUCAUCUUGACAUGGCGAAAGCACUGGUGACGGCCGGAAGUGAUAUACAUGCUCUCUGUAGACUCAACAAGAGGCCGUUAGAUUAUGCCAAAGAGGGUAGAGGGCCUUACGUCGAGUCUGUCCCGAGUUUCCUUGAGGAAGAGCACAAAAGUGAUCACGUGAGGCAUCAUGCGCACACAUCUCUCCGUCUUGAGGUAACAGCGUUCGAAUACUUCUGGGUCGAUGCCAUAUGCAUUAAUCAGGCCGAUGAAAUCGAAAAAGCAGCACAGGUUUCCAUCAUGGGCGAUAUAUAUCGAGCUUCCGAUUGCGUCAACGGCGUGUGGCGGCCGGAGCAGGCAAGAGAAGGAGACACGUUGUCAGCCGAUAGUCUUGAGCAAUUGGUUAACGAUCCGGUCGCCACGUUCCGACAGAUUGGAGACUCACGGGUCAAGCGUGCUGCAAUGGAAUGGCUCAAUACGCUUGGAAGGGAAACGAUCCGGGCGUGGUGUCGCCUGCCACAUCUCUUCCACCGGACUUGGUUCGACAGAGCCUGGAUACUCCAGGAGGUCCUUAUGGCAAGGGACUUGACUAUCGUUUGUGGGCGAUACAUCGUGCCAUGGGAUACAUUCCUGCUCAUAGUGCCAACGCGAAGGCAGACUGUCUAUGGUGUCUGCUCUUUCCUUGAGUCGAAAUCAUAA